GGGCUGCUUAUACCUGCUUGGAGGCUGCAACUGGGCGGGCUCUGCUGCGGCAGCACAUGGACAUCACUGGAGAGGAAAACCCACUCAACAAGCUCCGAGUGAAGAUUGAACCAGGUGUUGACCCAGAUGACACCUACAAUGAGACCCCCUACGAGAAAGGUUUCUGCUUUGUCUCAUACCUGGCCCACUUGGUGGGUGAUCAGGAUCAGUUUGACAAUUUUCUCAAGGCCUAUGUUGAUGAAUUUAAAUUCCAAAGCAUCUUAGCCGAUGACUUUCUAGAAUUCUACUUGGAAUAUUUCCCUGAGCUGAAGAAAAGGAAAGUGGAUUCCAUUCCAGGUUUUGAGUUUGAUCGAUGGCUCAAUACCCCUGGCUGGCCCCCCUACCUCCCUGAUCUCUCCCCUGGGGACUCACUCAUGAAGCCUGCUGAAGAGCUGGCCCAGCUGUGGGUGAAUGAGGAGCUGGACAUGAAGGCCAUUGAGGCCGUGGCCAUCUCUACUUGGAAGACCUACCAGCUGGUCUACUUCCUAGAUAAGAUCCUCCAAAAAUCCCCUCUCCCUCCUGGGAACGUGAAAAAACUUGGAGAGACAUACCCAAAUAUCUCAAAUGCCCGGAAUGCAGAGCUACGGCUACGAUGGGGCCAAGUCGUCCUUAAGAACGACCACCAGGGGGAUUUCUGGAAAGUGAAGGAAUUCCUGCAGAGCCAGGGGAAGCAGAAGUACACCCUUCCGCUGUACCACGCAAUGAUGAGGGGCAGUGAGGCGGCCCAGACCCUCGCCAAGGAGACCUUUGCGUCCACUGCCUCCCAGCUCCACAGCAAUGUUGUCAACCAUGUCCAGCAGAUUGUGGAACCCAAGGACAGUUAGAGGCCCACAUGUAUGGCCUCUGCCUCUUCAGACCUUGCUGGCUUUCACAAUAAUUGUUCCCAAAUUUUAGUUCUUCAGUCAGCUUCCUGAAAUUUAUAUCCUUGAAGGAUAAUCUGUUCUCUGGGCUUAGGGAUCUGUGACUCUUGGGCCGCUGCUCUGGUCUCGGGCCCACUGAGUCCUGAGAC